AGGCAACAUUCAUUGUUUUUUUUUUUGCAUAAACGUCAAAUUAAUGUCAAAUGAACGUCAAAUUCGUUGCUGUGAAAAUCGCAAUUAAUUAAAAACUGUUUCUAUUUCAUUUGCAAUUUGCCUCCUUAAGAUCAAAGGCAACCGAAGGGCGCAAGACGGCUACGCCCUGUUUUGUGUUGGAUAGAUUGUUUAUUUUGCUUCCAUCAUAGGCCUUUCAGACACUGCCGUCAUGGAUAUGAUGGUAUCAACAUUACAACAGCAGCGGGCUGUGACGGAGCAGCUGCGGCGGGAGGCGGCCAUCAAGCGGAUCCCCGUGUCCUCCGCCGUCGCCGACAUCGUCAAGUUCAUCACGGACCACGAGCAGGAGGACUGCCUACUCGUCGGCUUUUCCAGCCAAAAAGUUAAUCCCUUCCGCGAAAAGAGUUCCUGCACUGUCCUGUAAUCUAUCUUGUCUAUGUUCUUAAUUGUGGUCUCACCUUGUGAAAGUAACCGGAAAUUACCUAUUGUGCAUUGUUGUUGAUGGCAUUUUCAUUGUUCUUUUUCACUGGAUGUUUUAAGUUUGAGAAUGAAGCCUAAUAUUCUAUGUACUGCUCAUGUAUUCACGUGAAUGUUUUCUGUAAGUUUAAUUUGAACUGAAAUAUCUACCUACUAAGCUAUGUUUCACUGAUCGGUCCAUAUAACUAUCUGUUUAUGUAAUAAAAUCUACUUUAUUUAUCAUAAA